AUGCCAAUGAGAGGAGGGCUCUGUUGCUUUCUCAUCAUUCUCUCCUUCUUCGUUUUCUUCUCUUCUGCUGAUCCGGUACCUGGAAGAGAUUCAGAUAAUGGGGUGGUUGUUGUGAAUACUUCUGCUGAAUUUAUUAAUUCGUCGAGAUCUGAGGAAGUUUUUGUAUUUGCUGAAUUAUAUUACCUGCAUGUUCCAAUUACAAGUACAAACACUGGAAUAGAAGUUCCAGUUGGGCUGCGUACUAUUACUUCUGUUUCAGCAAUCGAUCACGGGAGCUUCAACAAUAGCGUCGCAGAGCAAGAGUUUUAUUUUUUGACUAUUGACCUAUUUCCAAGUACAGUGGAAUAUGCAUUUCUGAAGCACUUCAUUUCUCAGGCAGUUUUGGAAACCGUUGCUAGGGUCAAGUUCAAGAAGAACGAGACAAAUGAGGAAAAGUCAUUCAGUGUCUUCAAUCUGGAUAAUGACAACGGAGCAGAAGAUACACCUACAUUGAUAGAUCGAAAGGAUAAUGUUUUUAUCAUGUCUAAUCCGAAGUCAAAGUUCCCGGUGCUGCAGCUAGAUUUAAGAUUGAUAUCUGAUCUGGUUGUUGUCAUUGUUUCUGCAACUUGUGGUGGCAUUGCCUUUGCUUGCGCUGGACAACCGAUUAUCACUGGAUAUUUGCUGGCAGGCUCAAUUAUUGGACCGGGUGGUCUUAACAUUAUCAGUGAAUUGGUGCAGCCUUGCAAGCAAGGGUCUAUUGGCCUAGACGUGCAGUCGUGGGGUGACGCUGCACUACAAGGGAUGGAACAGUCUAAAGGUGUUCUUUUUGGGUUUCACUGCUUUGUGGCUAUGAUAAAGCAUAGCAGAAUUCUUACGGUUGAAACUGUUGCUCAAUUUGGUGUAAUCUUUCUUCUAUUUGCAUUGGGCUUAGAGUUUUCCACAGCAAAGCUUCGCAUCGUACGAGCUGUUGCAGUGUUAGGAGGGUCACUCCAGAUAAUUCUCUUCAUGUGUUUGUGUGGAAUAACAGCCUCGUUAUGCGGUGGGAAGGCAUCUGAGGGUGUUUUUGUUGGUGUCUUCUUGUCAAUGUCUUCGACAGCAGUGGUGUUGAAAUUUUUUAUGGAAAGAAAUAGUGUUAACACCCUCUAUGGGCAAGUCACCGUUGGAAUCCUUAUUCUGCAGGAUUGUACAGUAGGUUUGCUAUUUGCACUGCUUCCUAUUCUUGGUGGUACUUCUGGUGUUUUUCAAGGAAUGGCUUCCAUGGCAAAAUUAUUGGUGGUUUUAUUACUGUUCUUGACCUCUUUGUCGAUGCUAUGCCGCACUUGCGUACCUUGGUUUCUUAGACUGAUGAUAGGCCUAUCAUCACAGACUAAUGAACUGUACCAACUUGCAUCUGUCGCUUUCUGCUUGCUUGUUGCUGGGUGUAGUGAUAAGCUGGGUUUAAGUCUUGAACUGGGUUCUUUUGCUGCUGGAGUAAUGAUAUCAACUACUGAUCUGGCUCCGCAUACUCUUGAACAGGUUGAACCAAUCCGGAACUUCUUUGCUGCUCUUUUCCUAUCCAGCAUUGGAAUGCUUAUCCAUGUCCAUUUUCUCUGGAAUCAUAUCGAUAUUUUGCUGGCAGCUGUUAUAUUGGUCGUCAUCAUAAAAACUAUUGUGGUUGCUGCAGUUGUCAAGGGUUUCGGUUACACCAACAAAGCUGCACUUCUUGUUGGAAUGUCUCUGGCUCAAAUAGGGGAGUUUGCGUUUGUUCUUCUCAGUCGCGCUUCAAAUGUUCAUCUAAUUGAGGGUAAAGUGUAUAUGCUGCUUCUGGGAACAACUGCACUUAGCCUGGUUACAACACCGUUGCUAUUCAAGCUAAUUCCUGCUGUUGUGCACCUUGGAGUUCUACUGCGAUGGUUUUCCCCUGAUAUACCAAAUGAGAUUGGAUCUAAAGGAGAAAUCAUGCGUCCAGACAGUUCUAAGCGUAUUACUGUGCUGAUCCAAGGCCCUCAUGAUUCAUGA